CACUGGGGAAUAGGCAACGCGGUAUCCGUCAACUAAAAUGAGUCACACUAUAAGUAAACUACUGUACUAAUAACCCAACCAACAGUCUGCGCGCCUCACCAUGGAUUACUAAGAAAGGAACACUAAUAAAUCACCUAAGUAGAUAUAUUACGUAUUGACAAAACAUUAAAUCACAAAUCAAGAUAAGUACCACAACAAGAUGUCAAGCAUCAUAAAAACAUCGAGAGUUAAAAUGGAAGAAGUCGCAAUCAAGACGGUGGACUUUGACAACUGAAGAGCAGCUUAAGGCUUAAAGAUGUGGAACCCGAACUCAGUGGACAACAGACAGUUGGAGAAACGAGUGGUCGUCGGGAGGGUGCGACCUACCUGGGCCAGGAACCUUCCAGAAGCGAGAGAAGAUGACGAAAAGUCGGAGCAAGAGGUUGGCGUGAUGCCACAUAGUGAACCUCCUUCUCCUACCGAACCCUGGGAGCAGAACGCUAAACAGGAAGACAAAUAUGACGUAUUCGGAAAGGUGAUGCUACUCGGUGACAGUGGAGUGGGGAAGACCUGUAUGCUAGUCCGCUUUCGAGACGGCACUUUCCUGGCCGGAAACUACAUUUCCACCGUCGGCAUCGAUUUCCGGAAUAAGGUAGUAACUGUCGACGGCAUCAAGGUGAAGCUUCAGAUUUGGGACACCGCGGGCCAAGAGCGCUUUCGUAGCGUCACUCACGCUUACUACAGGGACGCACAUGCUCUCCUCCUUCUCUACGAUGUGACCAACAAGACUAGUUUUGACAACAUCAGAGCUUGGCUCGGCGAAAUAAGGGAAUACGCACAAGACGACGUCGUUAUUAUGCUUUUAGGUAACAAAUCCGACAGCGGCCUAGAGAGAGCGGUGAGGCGGGAGGAGGGGCAACGCCUAGCGAGGGAAUACCAAGUGUCAUUUAUGGAGACCUCAGCGAAAACCGGACUUAACGUCGAAGCCGCCUUCGCUCACGUAGCCCGUUCUCUAGUCGCGAAAGCGAACCCCGUCGACCCAGCCAGACUCGCCGUGCGCGCGCAACCUUCCCAAGAGCAAAAGUCCUCGUGCCCGCCAUGUUCAUAAAUCGAACAGCUUUCGCGCCCAAGAAUCGGAAUUCGGAAUCCAAUUGUAAUCUGUAUUUUUUGUCACUUUCGACGAAAUUAUGGCAAAGGUCUACUAUUAACUUACCUACUUCCUUGAAUGUCUGUGUUCCUACCAUAGACUUAAUAAAUUAAUAAUUUAAGUGUCAGUAACCAUUCAAUUUACGUUUACUUAGAAAAUAGCAUACAAGUGUACUACACAAAUAUAUUAUAGGUACCUAUAUGCCUGUCUACUUUAAGUGUAAGUUGUAAAGAACCUAUUACCUACGAGUACCUACCCACCUAUAAGAAGUUUUUGGGGUUUGUGUGUAGGUAACGUGAAGUGAAACUAGUGAUUAAGAAAAAGUACUUAGAUAGGUAUAGGUACUUACCUACCUAAGAUUAUAGUUAGGUAAUUUGGGGGAUCCGAAACCAAAUAGAUAGGUAGAUACAUACCUACCAAACUACCUACCUACCUAUUCAAUAAAAGUCAACGCAAUCUUGGUGAGGUGAUUUCUUGUAUGACAAAUUGACAAUAUUUUAAAACGACUUUAUAGGUAGGUAGGUUGUCGGAAAUACCUACGACUAAAAUACCUACCUAUUUGACGGUUAAUUGGAAAGUCUGAAAUGAAAAUGCACAAUUUAUUCAAAAUUUUAUAGACAGUAUUUUUGCGACUAACAUACAAAAGGAGAGUUUAGGCAAUUCAUUUCAUAUGCAUUUAUGUAUUAAGUAAAUCAAGUAGGCAUGACGAUCCAAUGAUCUCUUUCAAAAUAUUUAAGCAUUUAUUAAUAUUUUUAUUCAUAUCAUUAAAAUGUUUGUAAAAAUGAAUCUAUCUUUUGAAACGUAUUUACUUAGGUAGGUACCUACUUAUAUUAGGAUCAAAAAGUACUUAAAUUGUUAGUUACCUAUAAAACUACUGUUAGUUUUACACAUGGUAUAAUAAAACAAGGUAUGCCCAAUCCAAGGACCAACUUGGUCCUUGGCUCAAUCCUCAUUCAUGAAAAGCCAUAAGUGUUACGGUCACGAGCAUUAAUAUGUAUACACUUUGGUACCAUGUCACUUUAACUUUUUUGACAAAUUGAACUGUCUCACUAAAUGUCAAAUAAUAUGUUAGUGCGACAGAGUCCUAAAGUGGGUACAUUAUAUUGCUCAUAACUGUCACCAUUAAAUUGGUAUCUCCAGCAUUCCAAGGACUUAAAUUUUAUUAUUGAAAAUUAAGCGAAUUGCAGACUAACGUACCUAUUUAAUUACAAACAGUAAGUACAUCUUUUACUUAAAGUUGAAAAUUACCUUGUAAAAUAAAUUAAAAAUAUUAGUCGAGGGUACUUACCUAAUUUAUUUUUACAAAAUGGCAAAGGAGGGUGAAAUGACGUCAGCGCGGCUAAGCUUGAAAUGUUAGCUGUCACUUUUGGGCAUAGGUACCUUGUUUUAUUAUCCUCGUAAAGCCGAGGUUUCCAGACACAAUAGUAAAACAAUAGAGUUUGGAUUUUAAAAGGACUGUCGGCGUUACGACUUUAUACCAUGGUUUUAAAUGUUUGCUUGGGACAUUAUGAUACCAAUAUUAAUACCAACAUAUCUUCAUGUACACCCCUUAUCUGCCAUUAAUUAAUUUGUCAUAGGUACUUAUCCGGAGCACCUCAAUCCACCUGUCUAUAAGACUACCUCCCUACCUGUAUAAUUAUUGGAAAUGAUAGAAUAAUCUGUCUACGGUUAGUAAAUGUACCUGACUAACUAUAAUAAAUAAAUAAUAAAGCCAUAUUUUUACUUUCCUAUACAUAUAAAUAAAAUAGGUACCUACUUAACUAGGUACCUACCUACAUAUAUCCUAUUAUUAGAUACCUAUUACUUUUUGUACCUACCUAUUGCUAUCAAAUUUUAUCACAUCUUUCCUACCUAAAUUAUUGUAUUGUAUAGAUUCUAAAUUGUUGUAUUAUGGUUAUUAAAGUAUUAAACUGCUACGGAAACAAUAAAAUAAAUAUUGAAAGUACAUAAUCAUACAUAA